ACAACAACUUCAACACCCUCACUUCCCUUGGUCAAACAACAAGCGGUUGACAGACCUACCUACCUACCAAAAUACUUAUUUUUGCCAUCGAAACGGCAUAAGAUAAAUAGUAAAUUAGGUUUUCGUUUGUAAUUUAUGCAAAUAUUAUUACUUUGUUUUCAAUAUUGCAGACGUGCGUUGUGAACUUUGUUUGGCCUUAGAUACGCUAUUCAUUAGAAGCGAGAAAGAUAAGUUGAUAACUUCGUUCGUUCAUUGCCUCGGUUUAUUUUUAUGAGGGCUAAUCAAAAGUUUAAACAAAAGAACUUCUCCUCCUGCUCCGUCAAAGGUCUCUGCGUAGAGAUAAUCUCAAAAUUGUGUAGGAUCGACGUAUAAAUAGCUUUGUAGUAGCGAGUUUGGAAAAAUUAUGUGUGUCAUAUUCUUCUAUGUCAAUUCAAACCCCCAAGUCAAUGGUUAUAAAUUGAUACUGGCCUCCAAUCGUGAUGAGUUCUAUGCGCGUGACACCAAAGAAGUAGCCAAAUGGCAGAAUGUGGAGAAUUGUUAUGGUGGCAUAGAUAUGGAACCAGGUCGUGAAGGCGGCACGUGGUUGGCUAUUUCGGGGCAAGAUGGAAUUUUCAAAAUAGCCGCUUUACUAAACCUUACUGGUGAACCCAAACCUCGUAAUGCUGUGGGGGCUAGAGGUCAUCCAUUAAAUUCUUUGUUCGGACAUGGUUCAUUUUUUUUUAACCACAACAUUCUACUUCACAACCAACAUACUCAAGAGCAACAAGAAUCUUCCAAAUCCCCGACUACUCAAACAAUAAAUGGUUACAAACCCCCUUCUCAAAGUACCGAACAAAUUGACCCUCAUCCACUGACUUGUCCACAGUCAUCACUACAACACAAUAAUAAUUCUUUAUUAGGCCGUGGUAUGCUAGUUUCGGACUAUGUAAGCAAUUACACUGAGGGGUUUGAUCAUGUCAAUUAUAAUCGCAGUUUGUUGGCAGAUUGCAGUAAAUACAGUGCCUUCAACUUUGUUUCCAUUGAAAUUGGACCAUCUACUCGACCAGCUUUGGUGACACUUUGCAGCAAUGCACCAGCCAGUCUGGUCGAAUACAAAGAGAACACCUGUUAUGGCUUUGGCAAUAGUCUUCCCUCGGCACCCUUUGAAAAAGUUCGCUAUGGACGCAACCGUUUUCAAAAGAUAGUUGAAAAGUUUCAAAAGGAACAACAGCCUAGUCAAAAUGAACUAAUCGAUCAGUUAAUGGAGUUGCUCAAGUGCAAAGAGAAGUUUUGGCCCGAUGCAGAACUCAUGCGUAGAGCCCCAAAUUGGGGUGAACAUCUCAGUGCAUUAAAUGUUUGUGUACCCGGCCAUGGUUAUGGCAGUCGCACACACACAGUUAUCUUGGUAGAUGCCCAUAACAAAAUGCAUUUUAUCGAGGAAACAAUGAAAACUCAAGAUCCAGAGGGUGAAUGGUCCAGACAUCAUAUUGAGACCCAAUAUUUAUUCUAAGUCAUACCGUAGACGGCUGUGGGGACAUCACAAUAACAUCACAAUGUGCUUUAAUGUCAAUUAUAAUUGGAUUUAUAGUUGUAGGGCUCUACAUUCUAAGUAGUAUUUUUUUUUUAAACCAAACUUUUUGCUCAGGAUUUUUUUUAUCUUUAACGUAGUUUUAUUUUAUUCAAAAAUAAUAAAUAUUCAAAUGUCGCAUACCUAAUACAAGUGCAUAAAUGAUAUUUUACCAUUAAAUUUAAAUUUGUUUUUUAA